CUUUUUGUAAUGAUGCAACCCGAACAAGUGAAGGUCUUUUUUUACGUUACAGCAACACCAAUGAAACGUCAAAGUGUCGCAAUGACGCAAGCCGACUGACACACGGGAAAAAUCCUUCACGAUCUUUACCUCAUCUUUCAAAAUGGUGUGUCUAUCUCGCGCGUUUCCAUCCAAAUUUUAUCAAUUAUUACGAAAAUGAACUAUUAACUCUUUAACAAACACGCGAAGUUUGCAUUACACAAUUUAAAUUGCUAGUGAAAUUACGUUUUGAAUUGUGCGAAUGUGUUUUUCUAGUCAUUAUUUUAGAGUCAGUUCGAACUGUGAUGAUUGUGAUUUGAUUAUUUAGAGCGCCUUACCGCAACUAAAAUGGCUGGUGACAGACUCAUGUAGCGGAGACAUGUCUCAAGUGAAACACUCCGACACGGCGGCCGCGGACAAGCCGGACCGCAGACGCGGCGCGGCGGGCCGAGCGGCGGCGUUGCGGCGCGCGCCGUCCGACUCCGACUGCUCCGGCGAGACCGCCUCGCUGUCCGCCGACAGUGGCGAGCGCCGCCCGCCGCCGCCGCCGCCGAGGGGGAAGACUAGGAACCGCAGACGCGGCAGCGAAUGGGAGGUGCUCGAAGGUCUAAAAGACGGGCAGCGCUUCGAGCGGCGGCCGGAGGUCUUCAACGGGUUCCUGCACAAGAAGAGGAAAUGGCCUUUGAAAGGAUGGCACAAGCGUUUCUUCGUGGUAGACGGCGGUAUUCUGGUGUACGCGCGCUCGCCCACCGACGUGGCGCGCGGCCGCCUGCACGGCUCGCUGGACGUCGGCCUGUCCGUCAUCUCGGCCAAGCCGCGGAGGCGGCGCAUAGACAUCGAUGCCGACGAGUUCAUAUACCAUCUCAGGGCGAAGACUCCUGAUGUGUUUAGGACAUGGUUGAACGUGUUAAAGGCGCAUCGGUUAUACCGGCAGCACCUCCUGACGUUCGGCGCGCGCGAGUCGGUGCCGAAGAUCCACGCGCCGCUCGACGACCUGCCGCCCACCGACACCUCGUCUCGGCUGAUUAGCCCUAACGGUGGCCCCAUCCGCGGCCCGCAGGCCGGGUUCGUGUCGGGCACCCCUGGCGGCCGACUGGCGGGCUGGAUCGUCGAAUCUGGUGGUCCACUGGAGAGCGCGUCUCGAGAGCUAGGACAAGCCCAGCUGUCCGUCCAGCAACUCCAGCGCUUGCUGGACGCAAUGCUGGAAAUACAGAACAUGCACCAUCACGAUACAGAUCAGGUGUCACUAGAGGGCGCUUCGCCGAACGUGAAGAAGGAUCGGCGCAAGUUCGGGCUCCGCAAAAAGAAGUCCAACAGCAAAUGUGCUUCGGUGGAACUGGCGCCGCCCCACGUAGACGGAUCUAGCUCGCAUAUGGCCCUCUCAGCCCUCACAGCGCCGCCGUCGCCGGGCGGAGGCGCCUCCUCCGUGCCCAACUCGGCCGCCAGCCUUCCCAUGGCGUUUCUUUCAACAUUUCUGGCCUCUACUUUAGUUCCAUGCGCAGCGGCUCGCCCGCAAUCCCUACCCGGUGCGGAAGCCCUAGGCGUGGGCACCGGCGGAGGCCCAACAUCAUUGACGAGUUUAACACCAGACCACCAGUUGAGAGAAGACUUCACUAUACUCGCUAAAGAUUUGGUGACCAAUUUGAAGACUGUUGUGUCCACUUUGGUGGUGGAGCGUGGGCGGCUGCGCGCCGCCGUGGAGGCGGCCGAGGCGCCGGCGGCGGGCGGCGUGGUGGCCGCGCUGCGCACCAACCUCAGCUCCGCGCUGCAGCAGAAUUCUGUGUUGAACACAGAACUGCGCUCCCGACUGUCGCGGAUUCACGACGCGUCAGACCUCGCCGAGAUAUCGUCCGUCAACAACUCGGAUCAAUCCACCUUGCAGCAGGCGACGCGGCCGUUCCCCCAAUCUCUAAGCUACAGCUCUUCCUGCGUGUCGGCUUCCGAGUUCUUCGACGCUGAGGAACAUGACGACGAACUGAAACCAGCUGAGAUUAUCACCACUGAUGAGGCGGGUGUGAUAGAGCUGGACGGGGAUUCCUCCUCAGAAGCGGGGUCGCUAAGCAGCGAGGAGGGCUCGGCCAGCUCCGACAACUCUGAUGGUGCGACAUCAGCUGUAAUCCCAGCAGAAAGGACCCCACUCCAGAACGGGUCCGGGCCGCUCACCAUCUACACCCGUCGCUCCCGCCUGCCGUGCCCGAGACCCACGCCGGCCUCGCCGAGCCUAUGGAACCUGCUCUACAAGAAUAUUGGGAAGGAUCUCAGUCAAAUAUCUAUGCCGGUCACUAUUAAUGAACCUCUUAAUAUGCUGCAGCGCCUCUGCGAAGAGUUGGAAUACUCGGAACUCCUCGAUUCAGCGUCAUCCUGCAACAAUGAACUGGAGCGCAUGUCGCUUAUAGCGGCGUUCGCCGUGAGCGCGUACGCGGCGUCUGCGCACCGCGCCGCCUCCAAGCCCUUCAACCCGCUGCUGGCCGAGACCUACGAGUACGGCAGGGGCGAGAGGGACUUCCGGUUCAUUGCUGAACAGGUGUCCCAUCACCCGCCGAUCUCGGCCUGCCACGCGGAGUCCCCGCGCUGGACCUUCUGGCAGGAGGCGCGCAUCAAGACCAAGUUCUGGGGCAAGUCCAUGGAGUUCCAGCCCACGGGCCGCGUGCACGUGCGCCUCCAGCCUUCUGGCGACCACUACAGCUGGAACAAGGUGACGACGUGCGUUCACAACUUGUUCGGCGGGCAGCGCUGGGUCGACCAGUACGGGGACAUGCACAUCGUGUGCCACGGCACUGAUAUUACAUGCAAACUACAGUUUAUAAAGGCGAGCUCCUGGUCGUCGAGUCGGCACGAGGUGCGCGGGGUGGUGGCGGCGGGCGGGCAGGCGCGCGUGCGGCUGCAGGGCCGCUGGUCCGAGGGGCUGCAGGCCGGGGAGCGCACGCUGUGGCGGCCAGGGCCCAUGCCGCCCGACUACGAGCUGUAUUACGGCUUCACGCGCUUCGCUAUGGAGCUGAAUGAGCUAGAACCGGGGAUGCGCGACGUGCUGCCCUCUACUGACACUAGAUUGAGACCUGACCAGCGAGCCCUAGAAGAGGGAGACGUGGAUGCAGCAGAACAGUUUAAGCAUGAACUAGAGCAAGCGCAGAGAGAGCGGCGCCGUGACGGCGUCGAGCACAGUCCGCUGUGGUUCAGAAAAACGAUAGAAGACGGUGAAGAGACGUGGGUGUUCACGGGGGAAUACUGGAAGGCGCGCGAGGCCGGCUUCACCGACACGCCGCGGCUGUGGUGACCGCACUUAUACAUAUAUCGUGUGCCGCAGUGCGAGGUGCUCUGCUAGGUUGUGUGCUUCGCUUAGCGUUCAAUUAGAGCUUUACACGACUAUAGCCUUUGUCGUCAAUAAUACUUCUACUCUAUGUCUACUGUAAGGCCGAGACUUUAGAGGCGAGAAUUGUGUUUGGUUUAAAAGAGGGUCUACUUUGUACUUUUGUCACUUAUCACUCUUUUUGUAUCACAUUGUAUGAAAAACUCUCACCCAUCAGAUGAUGACGCUGCGUCAUUAUAACAGAGAUUCGAGUUCCGUUUUUUAGUUAUCACGUAUUCUUCAUAGUUGUUUCUAUAUAUUUGUUUAAGACAAUAAUUCGUUCAUGUGACAUCUAAGCCUUUGACAAGAAUGGACUUUGCAAAUAUAUCAAAUGUAUUUUUUAUCGCUUUCGAAUAAAUGUAUUCAUUUUGUUACUUUAAUUACUACAAAUGUAUUUAAACCUUACUCCGUUGGCUCAGCAUUCCAAAAUGAGACUUGGCCUCCGACACAAGAUAGCGCCACUUUUUUCGGCUCAACUUUUCGCCAAUUGUUGACUCGAAGUUCUCGAAGCGAUACCUGGGGCGUCCCAUAAGACGAUAGGCCGUCUAUUUAAACCUGCAGUGGCAGCAUGGUUCCAUUUUUAUCACUUGUCACUAUGCCCGUCACUUUCACGCUUACAUACUUGUUAGAGCGUGACAGGCAUGGUGACAAAUGAUAAAGAGCCGACCAUCUUAGCCCAACUGGUCGGAAAUUUUCUAAAAGUAGACCCUCAAAAGUUCUAGGUACUAUACUAACACAUGUUUAGUAUUAAAUGUUAUUUUGUUUUAAAAAUACGAAUACUUUCGUAGUUAAUUUCAAUUAGGUAACUACAUAUAUAAUAUUAUCAUGAGUUUAACUUUAAAAAGGCCUGUUUCACACUAACUAAAGUAUCGGAUAGCUAAUGAACAAAUAAAUUAACUUCCUGCAAAACUUAACACUUAUCUACCAGUUAGAUUUUUUGAAGAUUGUGGAACGCCAACGAUCACUUUAUUCGUCAGAUAAGUCGCAAGUAGCUUAUCCAGGACUUUACUUGGACAUUGUGAAACAGACCCUUAGAAUAUGACAUGCGACCUAACUAAGGCGAAUGUAGACGAAGAUGUACUGCAUACCCACGCAUUUGGUGUGCACUGGCCUUAAGGGAGCGCUAAAAAUUCUCUUCAGAAAAGAGUUGAGAGUAUUAUCGUUAAUAUAAUGGACAAAAGAAAAUCUUACUUUAUUAAUAAAAUUAACUUCGUUGUAUAAAUAGUAUUAAGUGGGGUAAGUCUAUCACCGGGGCAAGAUAAACACUUGUAAGGAAUCCUCAUACAGUUUUUCUUGCCCCGAGCAAAAUAAACUAUGUACGUCUUACCCCACCUGACCUUAUACAUAUAUUUUACUAUUUUGUUAUCAAAAGGUUCUAUACAAUGGUACUAAGUUUUUUCAUAUUUUUUUUAAUUUUCCCAAGUUAUGAUAUAUUGUUUUUAUAGUAUCGUGGCUGUGAAAAAGUUUCCAUUAAAAUGAUAAAAGGUGUAAUUAUUGUAUAUUUUAAUUUGUAUAGUUCAUACUGGAGGUAUCUCGUAGAGUUGUCGGAAAGAGUAGGCAUAUUAAUAGGAAUGUUAUCUCGCUUACACUUAUGCGUAUAUAAAUGAAAAUAUGCUUGUUUUAAUGUGAAUGAAAGUAUUUAAUAACACUUUUUGUUUUGGAGUACCGAUUAUAAAAUGUUAUGUAUAUUAUAAAUACUAUUAAAAACGUGUCUAUAAAUACUGUGGACAUUUAAAUAUGUAUAUCGUCAACGGGGGUGAAUAAGGAUGGUUGACUACCAACACAAACUGUAUCAUACAAAAUCUUCUAUUAAUAUAUUCAAUCGAAUAAUACAAUUUGUGUGGGUAUUUUAUAAGAAAUAGUAUGGUAAAUCACAUUUUUAGUUUUGUCCCCAUUCACCCCAGCCAUCCCUAUUCACCCCGGUUGGUAUGUACUUAUGGUAAAGACCCGGUUUAAUAUCAUUUAUAAUGUAAAUGAUCAUGUAAUAUGGAGAUCGAACAUGUUAUGUAUAGAUAGAUAGUCAUGAUAUACUUGGUUUUAUAUGACACACAUAAAACAAAUAAAAUCAUCACUUAUGGUACUCUUAACUUAAAAUCCUAAUAAACCUAGAUGUCUUUAAAAAGACUAUCUAGACCCAUUUUAGGGUCAAUAUGAACAAGUACAUUUUCAUUAAAAAAAUCUUCUUUGCCUUGAUGUUACUUAUAGUAAUUAAUGAAAUGUUAAUAUAAAUGUUACACUUUAGCAAAGAGAAUUUGAAAUAGAAGUGGAUUGUCAAAGUAAACUUUGUAGCCACAGUAAAUUUACUGUAAUCUUUCAUUAAAACUUUUAGAACGCCGUUUGACUUUGAUCCUUAAUCUUUCAAUGAUAUGUGUUAAGUUUGUUAAAUAUCAAAAACUAAAAAGUGGCGCCAUCUAAUAGAUAAUAGGCCAAAGGUGUGGCGGCAUACCUCUAAAGAUGCCGCCAUACCUUUGAAUAUGGAACAAAGUCAAAUGGCGUGCUGAAAGUUUUAAUCAUGAGUCGAAUCAUGACAGUAAAUUUACUGUGGCUACAAAGUUCACUUUGACAAUCCGCCUCUAUUCCAAAUUCUCUUUGACAUUAGACGUCAGUAACAUAGUAUUUUAUCACAUGAAGUAUAUAAAAAAGACUGACUGUCUGAAAAUUCUUAAACCUGUUCCACUAAAUUGACAAUUGCCAAGACUACAUUUCUGGAUUAAAAAGUCGAAUGGAACGAGAGUUGAAGUGAAAAAAAAAACUUAGAAUUGUGUUAAGGUAAAAGUACUAGUGCUCGACGCUGCACUAGUUACCGACAUGGGCACUUCAUGUCAUAGAAAUAUAGGUUAAAUUUGAACAACGAAGAUUUUUCUGUAUUCAAACUUAAUCCUUGUCACUUUGACAUAAAUAAAUAAAUAUUAUAAAUAUUAUAGGACAUUAUUACACAAAUCGACCAAGUCCCACAGUAAGCUCAAUAAGGCUUGUGUUGAGGGUACUUAGACAACGAUAUAUAUAAUAUAUAAAUAUUUAUAAAUACAUAGAAAACACCCAUGACUCAGGAACAAAUAUCCAUGCUCAUCACACAAAUAAAUGCCCUUACCAGGAUUUGAACCCGGGACCAUCAGCUUCGUAGGCAGGGUCACUACCCACUAGGCCAAACCGGUCGUCAAAAGUCGUCAAAGGUCGACAUAAAGUGCCCAUGUCGAGUACUAGUGCAGCGUCGAGCACUAGUACUUUUACCUUAGUGCUACGUAAAUGUGUUCGCCAUGAACCAAUUAGAAAAAUUGGUUCCUGAUCACCGAUUAAAUUCCAUCGUGUAUAUAUCGAUGCUAUUUUUCUCAAGGUAGAAGUAGACGACAAUUUGUCAAUUUAGUGUACAUAUUUAUGUCACUGUAUCGUUAAAAUACGUCACGUUCAUUUUCACGUAACAUUUAAUAUUGUUAUCGUCAAUUAUUGAUAAUAGGCGAUAUUAGAUGAAGUGGCACUUCGAAAUUUAUGCACAAUGUGACUAAAAUUUAAAAAAAUGGCGUACGGUAUUGUAGCCUUAGUACUUUAUUUUAUUUUAAUUAUCAAAUUUACCCUUGAAAUUUAUUGCUACAAAAAAAUGGCAAACUAUACAAGGUGCCCUUGAGCAUUGCGAGAGAUUUUAACGGUGCAUUCCUGAUGGCAACAGAUGCAAAAAAUGUUAUAUGACUUUUUGUGAAAUUAGACAAAAAAAAUCCCCUUUUUUUGAACACCCUGUACAUAAAACGUAAUUUUUAUUAACAAACACAUAACCUAAAAUUAACUAAAAAGUUUUUUUUUUUCAUUUGGGGGUAACCUCUCGAAUACAUUUUUCAUUUUUCGAUGUCAAUCAAUAGGUAUGUCCAGACUACACCUCAAAGUGGCAAUACCGCAAUCAAAAAUGUGUUAUGUACCGACUUAUGGCGAAAGAAUUAUUUCGAAAAACAUUUAAUUCUCUGAAACUAGGCCUAAUCCAGAAAAUUUUAUAUGACAUUUUAGUUUCUAAAUAUUACCAAGAAUGCUUAGUUAAAAUGUCUCGCAAUGCGGGCACCUUGUACAGUCAAAAGAUUUAAUGUGUGACCCAUUUCGUACCUUGUCCCAGUGACAAUAGUACGAGGUCUCUAGCGACUUCCAUGUUGUUUGUCACUGUGGCAAGGUACGAAAUAGGUCACACAUUAAAUCUUUUGAGUGUACAAUAAUGUAUGCUUUAAGGUCUGGAGAUAUUUUAACUAAUGAGAUUGCCCUUAAACCUUUAAGGCAGAGGGAAUAUAUUUCGAACUUUGUUUCAAAGUGAAAGGGUUAAAUUUUGCAUAAUUUCUGACGCAAUUGUCGGACUGAUUAAAGUAACUGAACAGAGAAACAUUAACUAUUAUUUCGCGCAGAUCCAUUCAAAGAAUAUUUUGCAGCUCCAUCUAUGAACUGAAACAGUAAUUUGACAUGUUCUCAAAAAGUAUUAUACAAUUUAUACAUUAGUUAAAACUACCUCUCAGUUAAAAUAUUUUGCAUUAUUCGAAAUGAAAUAAAGGUAAAUCUGGUUAUUAAAAUAAGGUUAAAAUUUAAAUUGAAUGACAAGUUGUCUGGUGCGUUGAGUCUUUUAAAAUCUUCGCUUGCCUCGUAUGUACAUAAGUCUUGUUCUUGACUAUUUGGAACCCAAAAACUGUUAAAGUAUUGUACUGUUUAACCGAGAUGGUUCGUUGCUAUACUCUGUAUCUUUAGGUAUUUAAAUAAAAGUAAACAAAAUCUACCCUCAAACGGCUCCUUAAUGCCAUUGAGUGUAGAUGAAAACAUUACAUGAUCAAAUAAUGUAGGUUAAAGUCAGGUCGUUCAGUGACAGAUCCGGGCGUUUUUGUGUUUGGUUGGUUAACCAAUAAAUGUUAUAACUACCCGAAAAUGUAGAAAUUGUUUGUUUACUUGGCUUCAAAGUUAAGGGACUGGUUUAUAUGCUCUGUAGGUAAAACAUAAAUUUGAUCGGAAUGGAUAUAGAUCACGCAUCGUCUUGAGUUAAGCGGUAAAUCAACAAUAACGCAGUUUUUUUAUGGGUCAAAUUUCUUUGUCCGUUAUUUUGUUUUGUUCCCGAAAAAUGUGACGGAGUGUAGCUUUUUGUAUUAGAUGAAAUUUAGUUUUUAAUUUUCCUCAUGGUAAAAUUUUCCUCGUUUUUUUAAUUUAUUUGAUAAAAUACAAGCGUGACAAUGCUCCAAAACAAAACAAAGAAAACAAUUUUGAGCCAAAUAUACAAUUAGGUUUUGUACCUAUCUUAUUAAUGUAUUUGUAAUGUAUAUAUGUAUUUUAAUUAGUAUUUGAUUUUGGUUUUAGUUUUGUAAGUAUUUUUUUAAUAUGUAUUGUCAUAAUCUUAUGAUCAUUUAAUGAUAAUUGCCUAGCAGUUAUUUUCUUUCACUUAAGUCAAGAGGUGGAGGUCUUACAGUAUUUUUUGUAUAUACAUUAGUAUAAAUUGUUUAGUAAAUUUUAUUUUUUUAAUAGUUUAUUUUGACUACUUAUUUAAUAACAUAAACACUAAUUCUUUGACAUUAUUUAAACAUACCUUUCCUUUGGCACACAAAUAAAUAUUUGAAGACAAUCUUAUCCAGAUCGAUCUUGCCCCAAACAUGGGUACUAGGCGACGAUUUACAGACGUAUAUAGAUAAAUACAUAGGUACUUAUAUACAUAGAAAAUAUCCAUGACUAAGGAACAAAUAUCUGUGUUCAUCACACAAAUAAAUACCCUUACCGGGAUUGAACCCGGGACCAUCGGCUUCAUAGGCAGGGACACUACCCACUAGGCCAGAUUGGUCGUCAAAGAGAGAAGAGUUCCUAGAAUAUCAGUUUUUGGGCUCCAAAACUAUAAAAUAGGUGUUGUUAUUAUUAGAAUAGUGUAUGUUAUAGAUUUAUAGGCAUCGGAUCUAGGGUAUUGAAAUGUAUAAUUUAGUAUUAUCUUUUUUUUUAUUAACGGGCAGUUUUAUACAGUAUUCUAAACCGGUCACAUAGUGGGGGUAGAACAUAUAAAAAACAUGAAGUGUUAAAAAUGGAGUAAAAAACGAAACAAGAGCUUUAUACAACCUUGCGAAAAUAAUAAUUAGAGUAUGUACAGUACGCCUCUAUUGCCAAGGCGUUAGAGUACGUGUUCAGAUAUUUUUGAGCACCUCGACCGCUCCGAUAUAUCUGAUGGCGCGUGUACUAACAAAUGUGUGGCGAGCGGUUACGUUCCUUUGAUGGUUCUGUAUACGGUGUUUUUUUUAAACUCCGUUAACUUCAUGGUAUGGCUAAGUAUAUGUACGGAAACUUCAUUGGUUAUUUUAUUUACUUUUCGUAAAAAGUAAAAUUUGCGUUGUAACACGGGCAUUAUAUUUAAAUCCACAAAACAAUUGAAAACUAUGACAUAUCAAUGAUAUUUCGAAUGUCGAUCGUCCGAGAUAGUACUUGCGUUUAGUAGCAAAUGUAUAAACUCGUACUAAACACUAAUCAAUCCUUAAACAGGCGCUAAGGUACACGCUCGUAGGGGCCCUAUCAUGUAGAAAUAAAUCAAUGAUUAUCUCCAAAAUGGAGUUAAUUAGAAUUCCGGUUUCAUUGAGAAACUUACUUAAUUUAAGCUCAGAAAUGCACCCAAAAUUAACUUAAAAAAAACACGUUGUAUAAAGUUGUUAAGGUGGGGUCUUGUAAUUGCAACUAAAAAUAUUGAAGUCAUAACUUCAUCAUCUGAUAAUUCUAUAUAUAUAUAGGGAAAUAUGUUUUUCUGUAAAAUUAUGCAUAAGUCAAAUUUUAUGUAGAUUUUAUACUACUGUCAUAACAAAGAAAAACUCUGAAGAAUAAAGAGCUAUUGCCAAUAGUUCUGACAAAGGCAGCAAUAGUUGCAAUUACCCCUCCUGACCAGUAAUUGCAACUAAUCGUUUAAUCUCCACAUUUUUCUAUGUGUAUUGUCUAUGUGUGUAUUUUAAACACAAAGACUAAGAGAAUCUUCAUAGGAUUGUGACACAUAUCUCCUUGUAACUACGACCAAUUUCGCAUAAACAUACUUUUUUGCCGUGGGUCUGGUAAUUGCAACUAAUUUCUCAAAAAUAGUGAUGGGAACCUUACCGCAAUUUUAUCGACAGUCAUGUAGUGUCUGCCAUCGACACGCCAAGAAGACCAUGGUAGCAGAAAUAAAACUCAGGGAUAAACUGUUAUUUUUAAAAUCAUAUAUUUUUUAUGCAAUGUUUUUUAGUUGUUAAACAGACUAAAAAAUAAUAGCUAUAUUUUUAUUAAUCAUCAUAAAAUAGUUUACUUAUGCUUAAUCAAACAGCCUUUUUACUUUUAUCAGACUACUAAAUAAUUAGUAAUGUUACGUAGUUACGUUUCCUAGCUUCAGGCUUUUUUCCUGGCAACCUCUACGGACUGUGGUUUUUUGACACUUAAUCUGUGUCGCCUUUUAAAACCCCGAAACCAUUCUUUGCCAGGGUAAUCAUCUUUGAAACGAGUUAUGAGUCCGUUCCUUUGUAUAUAAGCACAUAUUAAUUGUUUAAUCUCCUUUGAUGUAAGCGGAAACUCACACUUUUCCAUUUCGUGAAUAAGAGCAGCCACUCUGCUUUCCCAAGCUGUAGAUAAUUCAGUAGGCCUGCCAGGCGUCGUUUUUUUGGCACCACGCGUUCCGUAUACACGGUGAAUUAUAGUUGAUCUUGGUAUAUUAUAUCUUUCUGAAGCUUGAUAGCUGUUCAUUUUUUUGUUUUGUACAUUUUCGAUUGCUUCCAUUAAGUCAUUAAGAGAAUAUUUUGCUUUUUUUUUACGUGCUGACAUCUAAAAAAAUAUUUUUUAUAAUAUAUUAAAAACCAGUUGUAUGAAUCAAGUAAGUAUAGUGCCUAGUUUCAUCAAAUUCCAUUCGAUCAUUAAGCGGUAGAAACAUAGAAAAUAGCAAACAGGCGAUACUUAUUUAUUUAUUUAACCAUUCGUUGUACACAAUAAACUUAUGAACAAAAACUACAUGUAGAAAAACGACACAGCAGGCCCUGCUUAUUUCUACAAAAAAACCUGUUACAGCAGAACUAAGUAAGUGAAAAGGCAAUAAAAGAUACGCGGAUAUAAAUAAAAAGGCGGAUAAAUAUGUAUACAUACCGGCACAAUUAGCGGAAUCUUUGUACCCCAAAAUAAUGUACACCCGGUCCGUCAUGGGUAAGAAGAACAAAAUUUAACAAUAUUACCAAUUUUGGAUCUUUUUUUUGUGAAACUGUUCAUAUCAGCUAAUUGCAUAUUUUUAAAUUUCCAUGCUUUUAAUAAAAAUAAGCAAAAUCAUACAACAAAUUUAAUAUUAAACCAUGGACAUAUUAAUUUGGUACGUUGUAUCUGAUAACAUUUUCAUGAAAAAUAAACGUAAUUAUCUUGUAACCACCCUUUUCUUAAGUUACGCUAAAUGUGCCGGUGUGUUAUGUUAUUAGUGAUUGUACCGAUAUAUUCGUGUUCACUGCCACAUCACUAGCUUUUUCAAAUUUCAUACAAAAAUUGGCAGCUAAUUGUAACUAACCUAAAAAUUGCAAAAUAGUUGCAUUUACCAGACUUUGCAUUUUUUGUCUGGUAAAUGUAACUACAGAGAAAACUCGGAAAAUAUUCAUCGUAGAAUAAAACAAAUACAAACAAAAUGACUUACCGUGAUUAGUUACAACUUUUCUUGUGAAAAAACUUGCGAGGAACCACUAAAAACUAUUUUUUAGAAUAAAAAUGCGCACCGUGUCCAUCCGACGCCAGCAGACUCAAAAUGGCGGAUGACAAAAAGCUUUAUAACUCCCACAAUUCUUGAGCUUGCAGCGCCAUCUACAUUUUUGAGGUAGAACUUUUAGUAUUAAAUUGAACGAGUCUGUCGUUUUACAAUAAAGUAACCCUAGAGGGAGUUAUUGAAGUUAGUUGCAUUUACCGAAUAGUUGCAAUUACAAGACCCCACCUUACUCUGUUUCGUUUCCAUACUCCUGGGUUCUUGGCCAACGUGUCAAUCGUUAACGCACCGUAGUAUAGCCAUCUCUCUCUAUCACUCUUCCAUAUUAGUGCGACAGUGACAGUUGCAUUUCGUUCGCUACGGAGCGUAAACGAUUGGAACGUUGGCUACGCACUCUGUCGAUAUACAUAAAUUGUAUACCCCUACGUGCUAUGUCACAUGAUUGACAAUAAACUUAGGUUGAAUUGUUGUAUUUUAAUGUUAUUUACAUGAUGUUAUAUCACUUAUCGCAUGUUUGCGAUACAAUACAUACAAUGCUUAAAUUUUGCUAUUUUAGCACACUACUUCGCUAUUUAAUUAUAAAAAAAAUAUAUGUAUUCGUUUUAUUACUAGGCACGUCUACACUGGCCGCUUUGUGCGCGAGGAGAUUGCCUCGCGCGUAUGCUCGCUCUGUGUGGACCUAUUUAGCCUAUCGCCUAUUUAGUAAAAAUGUACGUUUUAAGUGGAAUAUCACUUUUAGGCAGACCAAGAUAACUCUGCACCGAUUUUUAUAGCACGCGUGUUAUUUAAACGUCAUAAUUUCAUAUAAUUUUGACGUUUAAAAUAACACUUGCAGACCUUACAGUCUUGCACGUGUGUGCUAUAAAAAUUGCUCUAGAGUUAUCUUGGUCUGAUUCAAAAUAUUUUUUUCUUAACUUUUUUUUACAUCAAUGACAUCUCUGGUCUUAAAUGCUAUAAAAAACAGAUGACUAUUAAUUUUAUAUUACAAUAGUUAAAAUUUACAUCAUUUAUGUUUUACUUGAAUGUAUUUAACUUUUUGAACGCCAUUUAUGAGUUCUGUCAGUAGAAAAAAGUGGCAAAAAAUUUAGUCGCGAUCGGUUAUCGUCCGACAGAAAAUUCCAAUUUCCCGCCUUUUUCUACUGACAAAGUUGUUUGACAGAUUAUCUCAACAAUCCGAUUAUGUACUAAAUACUAAUAAAAACUUUGCCAAACCCGUGUUAAUUAGGUGUGAUUAAUUUGUGAUGUUUGUUUUAAGUUAGUUGAGACAGCAAUUAUUGUUAAAGUGCCUUUGUGAAUUGUUUUAUUUAAAAAUAGAAUAUUAUGGUGUAUACUAUGGUACGAGUAAUAUUAUAAUUUGUUUGAAAUAGACACAAUUAAUAUUUGACGACCUGUCUGGCCUAGUGGGUAGUGACCCUGCCUAUGAAGCUGAUGGUCCCGGGUUCAAAUCCUGGUAAGGGCAUUUAUUCGUGUGAUGAGCAUGGAUAUUUGUUCCUGAGUCAUGGGUGUUUUCUAUGUAUUUAAGUAUUUAUAUAUUAUGUAUAUCGUUGUCUAAGUACCCUCAACACAAGCCUUAUUGAGCUUACUGUGGGACUUAGUCAAUUUGUGUAAUAAUGUCCUGUAAUAUUUAUUUAUUUAUAAUAAUUAUUAGGGGGUGUUACAGAAGAAAGAAAGAAGUUCUGCCGCCAGAGAGCAGCACUAACACAUAUUCUAAACCAUAGAGUAACUUAUACAUACUAUGCCUUAAACAGUUUUUUGGGAAUUGUUCACAAAUUCAUGCGGCGGUUUGUUUACAGAGACCUACCAUCGCAACGCGAACAUCGAAAUGUCUUUAUCCGCCUCUCAAUCGCUCGAAUAUGCAAGAGUGAUAGAGGCGGAUAACUUAAUUUCGAUUUUCGUGUUUCGCGGUAGGUCCUCAGUGUGAGUGGCGCCCCCUAUGCAGAGUUUUGCGUAAUAUCGUAUAGGAACCGAUCAUGCCACUCCAUAUUUAAUUAUAGGCUUGAAAUAAUUGUGAUAUUUAAGGCCACAAACUUUUUAUUUAUAUGUAAUAAUUUACCUACCAAUAAUUAAAUAAUACCGGUGCCAUAGUUACACUAUGUAUAAAAACCUACUAUUAUAUAAAUAAACUAAGUAUAGACUUCACUCUCGAUGUGUAGAUUAUCUGUUCAGAUAUUAAUGCAGUUUUAAACUUAUAAUGUACAUAGGAUUGUCCGGCAUAUAGCUUAAAUGAAAUAAACAUUACUAAUACAUAAAGACAAUAUUCUUACACAUUUUGCGUUUGUUGAAUCCGUUUAAAGGAAAGUUUGCGAAUCGUUUAAAGUCGUCGCAAACCAUAAUUCAGAAUAUACCCAAAUACAUUUUACCAUUAGUAUCAUAUUUUAUUUAAUACCAGGGCGGCUACCGGGAAAAUCGAAAUUCGUCAAUUGCGGGCAUUUUUCUCUGUCACUCUGAUUACGUCUUACUAAGAGUAAAAGAGAAAGAUCCCCGCAAUUUGCGAAUUUCGGUUUUCGCGGUAGGCCCCCAGUUGCGGUGUCUUGAUUUUCCGAAUAAUACAUUGUUAUAUUCAUAUUCACUUGUUUUAAAACAAUAUUACAACUUUAUUACAAGUAUUACAUCGCCAUGACAUAAUUUUCGCACUAUGAAAUGAAUAGUUUUUUUAAAUGAUAAAUGCCUAUACAGAUACCGCAGCUACUAUAGUGUCAAAAAAAUUGUAAAAAUGCUUCUAUUAUAUUAAUAAUUAAUAAUAAUAACUGUAAGUUAAACAAGACAGCAAAUUUAUUGUGCUACAGUUACAUUUUGUUAUGUGAUUUUGUUCUAAGUAUAGCUUGGUGAAAUUAUUAAAGGAAAUUCGAUUAU